AUGGCUUUUUCGUCCAAACUUCCACACCAGUUCAAUCAUGUAAGGAAUUUUGUGAAUGCAAAAGUAAAGUGGGUCCGAGACCUGGAUCUUGAUAUUGCAGUUCUGAAAGAGAAAGAUCUUAAACAGACAAUUUCCCUCAAGAACCAAAUCAUUUCAUCUCCUUCCAAAUCCCUCUCCAUCUACACUGCUUCUCAACUAAAAGCUUCCCUCAACCUUCCCAGUUCACCUACCAAAUUCAUUGACAAAUAUCAUUGUGUUUUCUCACAAUUCCAACCUGGUCCUGGUCGCCCUCCACAUGUCAAGCUCACUCCUCAAGCCUUUUCCCUCCACAAAGAAGAAAUGGCUAUUCUUAACUCUCCUACUAACCGUGAAGACACUGUUCAGAGGCUUGCAAGUCUUCUAAUGCUUGCUGGCAUGGGAAAGUUGCCUCUUUAUGUAAUUGAGAAGCUAAAAUGGGAUAUGGGUCUUCCCCAUGAUUAUGUGACAACCCUUUUGGCUGAUUACCCUGAUUAUUUUGAUGUUUGUGUCGUGGAAGAUCCAUCAUCUGGAAAAGAAUUGCUUGCUUUAGAACUUGUUUCAUGGAGAAAAGAGCUUUCUGUGUCCGAGUUGGAGAAGAGAGCAAUGAGUUUGGGCUACAGUGGAGAUAAAAGAAGGCAUGAUAUUGGAUUUCCCAUCUUUUUGCCAAAAGGUUUCGAUUUAGAGAAGAGGGUGAGGACUUGGGUUGAGGAUUGGCAAAAGCUGCCUUACAUUUCUCCAUAUGAAGAUGCUUUCCAUCUUGACUCAAAUAGUGACCAAGCAGAGAAGUGGACAGUGGCAAUUUUGCAUGAGCUGCUUACUCUUCUUGUGUCAAGGAAGACAGAGAGAGAGAAUUUGCUUUGUUUUGGAGAGUGUUUGGGGUUGGGCUUGAGAUUUAAGAGGGCUUUGGUUCAUCAUCCUGGUAUAUUUUACAUUUCCAAUAAGAUUAGGACUCAGACUGUUGUACUUAGGGAGGCUUAUAGAAAGGAUUUUUUGGUUAAGAAACAUCCAUUGAUGGGUAUAAGAUAUUGGUACAUUAACCUCAUGAACAAAACAUAG